CCCCGGUACCAGCUGUGGCUUAGAAGCCUCAGGAGAUGGUGUUGAUGACGCUGACCUCCAACGAGGGGGUAUUUUUGAAAUGUAAGCAGAUGGAGGAUAUGAUACAUGACACGAGAAGCUAUAGCAACGACACAGAGACCAACUUUCCAAAGCUCUCAUUAUGUCUGUGACUGUACUCGAGCAACCCCAGCAAGAAAUUACAAGACAGCUUCUUGUUAUUCGGCUGCUGCGUUCAGAUAAAGAGCAAAGCAUUACUCAUCCAUAAUAGCUUUUAUUUGCUGCAGGCCCUUCAGCUCUCAGAGCCGGCCUAACCAAAUCAAAGGGAAGAGAUUCUGUUGCAAGAGCGGGACUCCUGCACGGCACGCCCUGGCCGGGAAGGCUGCUGGGGUUUGCGUUCUCCCGGGCGUGGGGACUCGGGAUUUUCGUCGGUUUGGGAGGUUUUGAGCUGCCGGUCCUCCCCACGCCGUGCCCCGCCAGCUGGGAGGCAGGCGGGCCACGGGAGGGGACCCACGGCGGGCCGGCGGCGGCCGGUGCCCCCCCGCGGUGGCCGCGGCACGGACCGGGCCGAGCGGGGCCGAGGGGGUCCGCCCCGUCCGGGCUGGUACCGCCCCGUGCCCGCCCCCCGCCCGCCCCACGGCACGGCGCGGCGCGGCGGGGCCGGGAGCAGGAGCGGGGCCGGGAGCGGGGAGCCGCGGCGAGCAGCUCGGCGGCGGCUCGGCGGGCAGCGGGCGCUCCGCCCUCGGUGCGCGGAGCCUCCCCUCUCCGCGCCCGCGGAGCGCCGGCGCCCGCCUAUAUCUACGGCCGCGGCGGCCCGCCGCCCGCAAGGAUGUGAGGCGGGCGGGCAGCCCAGCCGCCGCCGCCGCCGUGGCAUGCCCCCCCGCGCCCGGAGCCGUCGGCGCGGCGCCUAGCCGCGGCUCGGCGGGGCGAUGCUGCCCUGGAAGCGGAGCAAGGUGGAGCUGGUGGCGGGCGAGGCGCGGCGGCAGAGCAAGCCCAAGGGGUACGCGGUCAGCGUGCACUACUCGGCACUCACCUCGCUGGCCCGCGCCUGCCCCGAGAGCGCCCUGCACCGCGUGGGCAGCAUGUUCCGCUCCAAGCGGCGGAAAUUCCGCGUGACCAGCGAGGACCCCACGUACACCGUGCUCUACCUGGGCAACGCCACCACCAUCCAGUCCAAGGGCGAGGGCUGCACCGACCUGGCCGUCUGCAAGAUCUGGAGCAAGAGCGAGGCGGGCCGACAGGGCACCAAGAUGAAGCUGACCAUCAGCGCGCAGGGCAUCCGCAUGGCCCACGCCGAGGACAAGGGGCUGCGCCGGCCCGGCCACCUCUACCUGCUGCACCGGGUCACCUACUGCGUGGCCGACCCGCGCCUGCCCCGCGUCUUCGCCUGGAUCUACCGCCACGAGCUGAAGCACAAAGCGGUGAUGCUGCGCUGCCACGCCGUGCUCGUCUCCAAGCCCGAGAAGGCGAAGGCCAUGGCCCUGCUGCUCUACCAGACCUCGGCCACGGCGCUGGCCGAGUUCCGCCGGCUGAAGAAGCGGGACGACGCCCGGCACCAGCAGCAGCAGCUGGUGGGCGAGCAGAGCAUCCCGCUGGUGCCGCUGCGCAAGCUGCUCAACGGGCAGUGCUGCUACAAGCCGCCGGUGGAGCGGAGCCGCAGCGCGCCCAAGCUGGGCUCCAUCACGGAGGACCUGCUGGGCGAGGAGCAGGAGGAGCGGGCCAUGCACUGCGACUGCGAGGACAUCCUGGAGGCGCUGGGCGAGCCCGAGGGCGAGCUGCUGCGCGCCGGCGCCGGCCGCGGCGAGGGCCCGGAGCUGGGCCAGCUCCUCCGCGACCUGGGCGAGCUCAGCCUAGGGAACGACCUGCGCUCGCUGCGCGCCGACCUCCGCGUCCGCCGGCUGCUCUCCGGCGAGAGCACGGGCAGCGAGUCCUCUCUGGAGAGCAAUGGCCCGGAGGGCGCCGCCCCGCCCUGCAACGGCGCCGAGCAGCCGCCCCCCGGCGACCCCGAGACCGGCUGAGCGCUCGGGCCCCUCCGGGCGUGCGCGGCCCCGCUGCGGCCCCGCCGGCAGCGCUCGGGUCCCUCCGGGCGUGCACGCUCCCUUCGCGGCGCACCGGGUCCCUCCCGGAGUGCACGGUCCCCUCGGGGCAUGCACGGCCCCGCCGGGGCGCACCGGGUCCCUCCCGGAGCGCACGGUCCCCUCGGGGCAUGCACGGCCCCGCCGGGUCGCACCGGGGCCCUCCGGGCGUGCAGGGUCCCCCCGGGAGCGCACCGGGCCCCCCCGGGCGCAUCGCAUCCCUGCGGCGCCACCGCGUCCCGCAGCAUCCCGGGGAGCGGCCGCCCUUCCCGGUGCCGGCGGCGGCCGGAGCCGGGCCCCAGCCCGCCGUGGCCCGAGGAGGGGAGGCGGCCGCGGGCUGUUUACCUCCGGCUCAGCCCUUGAAGAUCUGCCAAAUUCCUGGAAUAGCUUUCCCCGGGGAGGGCGGCGGGAGGGAGGUGUUGCGCCUUGUUUACAGACAGAAAUCUCACAUCCGAGACGGCCCCCCCGCCGUUUUCUCCAUUAAAGUCACUCCAUCGUGCUGUCGUGUCCGAGAGGUUUGCACUGUUGUGAAUUUUUUUUUUUAUUAAUUAUUAUUUUUAUGUUAGACCCUUUUUUGGGCCCUGGCCCUGUCCCCGGUCUCAAUGCUCUAGAUCUUUUGCUGUGCAAAAGAAGACUCUACUUGUGGCUGUUCACCUGUACAUAGGGAAAUGUAUGCAAAUACAUUUUGUUAUUUUUAAGAACACCACCAUUGCGAUCUCCUCUGUUUGCACAUAACGUGAAGAAAAUAAAGAUGACUAAUUUAAAAGAAA